AUGGAACACCCAUUUGUGAGACACACUGUUCUCAUGGAAUGUCUUGAAUACUUUUUCCAUGAAGAUAUGGUGACCUGGACAAAGAAAAGAAACUGCUCGGUCUGUAAAAUUAGUCAAAAUACAUCAAUGAAAACAUGGAUAUACAAGCCUCCAGAGAUCAUAAUAUUCCACUUAAAAAGGUUUGAAUAUAAAGAUCAACUAAAAAGAAAGAUAAAUACCUAUGUCAAUUUCCCAUUGAAGAAUUUAGACCUGUCUGCAUUUAUUUCUCCAUUUCAUGUAAAGCAUCAAAAAUAUGACCUGUAUGCAGUGGUGAACCAUUCUGGAGACAUGGAUGACGGCCAUUAUACAGCGUACUGUAAACAUCCUAAGACUAAACAGUGGAACGCUUUUAAUGACACAAGGUGCUACAUUAUUUCAGAAGCAACAGUACAAACGUCUUCAGCUUACUUACUGUUUUACACUAGCCAGCUAUUCUGUAUGCCAAGGAAGACCUCUUCCUGAGAUAAAAGGCAAUACUGCUUAUAAAAGUAAUGCUUUCAAACA